GACGGAGUGCAGUGAACGCGCUUGGCGUAACACUAUCCAGAGAAGACAUUGGGAUACAACUUUACUCUCUCAACGUGUGUAUUUGAGCAUUUCAGGUCACUUUAUAGCAUUCAUGUUUUAGACUUGAGGGGAAAUCGACAACCGCACAAUGUCUUUCCCCAUACUGCAUUACGGGAAUAUUGACGUGUGGACAUCCAUUGAUUAAGGCUGUGCUCGUCGCCGAGUCAAAACACGAUGCCUAGCCGUCAAAAGAAAAUCAUAUUCUCUAUCGGAGGGGUGCUCUGCUUUGGCUGUGUUCUGGUCGUGGCAGCUGCGAUGGGGACUCAGUUUUGGGUUCAAGCGGCUGUUCUGUGUCAGACGGGCGCACAGAUCGUGAACGCGUCGGGAGCAGAGCUGGAGAAAUUCAUCGGGAGCGCGACCUACGGGCUUUUCCACGGGAAGGGGAUGAAACAGUGUGGUCUGGGAGACAGACGCUUUUAUUUCUCUUUCUUUCCUGACCUGAUGGACGUGGUUCCAGCCAGUCUACAUGUGAGCGUCAUCUUCUUCUGCGCAGUGCUCAUCGUCUUCUCCUCUGUGUCCUGUGGGUUCUUCUUCUUCAAUGCCUUUGGAAGCCCAUAUGAGACGCUGCAUGGACCCCAGGGCCUUUACCUCUGGAACAUGAUAACCUGUUUCUGUGGCUGCUUGGUCCUUAUUCUGUUCUCCUCUGAGGUCAAGCUGCAUCACCUGACCGAGAUCAUCUUCAACUUCAACGAGGUGAGCUUCGUCUACAAGACCCAAAGCGAGAGGUACGACAGAUCCUUCUGGCUCAUCUUCCUCGCCUUCCUCACGCACGGUCUCAACAUCUUGCUCAUCCGCCUUGCUGGGAUCCAGUUCCCCUUUCAGGAGGCCAAAGAGUCCGACGUUAGCACGGGAGCUGCGGAUCUCAUGUACUGACCAGCUCUUUUGUUCUACUUCUUCCCCUGCACACGUCAUCCAACCGCAGCGACUGCCACUUCUCAACAGGAGCCUUCAGAAAAGCAGCAUCCGGUUUGUUUACAGCUGACCAGGCAAGGCACAUCUGAGCCUCUCAAGCUAUUCAGACCAUGUGUGGCGGUGAACUUGGAGACGCUCGUGUGUCUGCGAGAGAGAAGGGUUCUUAUCUCGCAGCAGGGAGGUGGGAGCGAGAAACUCUCUCUUUCAUUCAUUCUGUCAAUCACUGAAACAAUUAACACUCACCAUUUCAAACGGCUGAUGAAAACACCCUGUAGUUUCCAGUCUAGCUGGGGACAUCACUGUGGAUCUUUCAUAGUCCGGUUGUUGUAGCACAAAGGGAUGCCACAAUUGGCAAUUCUACAGUGACUCCAAAAAGUAUUUUGACACUUAAGCCACACUUAAAUAUUUAUGAAUGUCUUUGCAUUAGAUAACAAAUUAAUCAAGCCAAGCAGCACAAAAAGAAGUUUGUUUAUAUACCCACUAAAAAUCUGCAAAAACGGCUUAGAAAUGUGAAGUUAGCUCUGAGCCGUGUUAGCUGAAACUGUUUAAAACAACAUUAUUUUCAUUACUUGAAAGAAAAUAAACCUGAAAUAUUUUAAGUCAUGAAUCAAACUAAACGUAAAACCUAAACCUGAAUAAAAAACCCUCAUAAACAAACAACAAAGUUACUAAAACUAAAACAGAAAACAUUCAAAUGAAGUGUCAUUUGAAAAUAUGUAACAAAGUAUAUCAAGGAUACUAAAAUAACACUGGCUUUAAGAUGAGAUCUAGAAUCAUUCAUGUACAGUUGACAUGGCCCUGAUCUGCGGCUGUACCACAAACACAUGGGCACUAUUUAUAUUUCAAAUUCAGAAGCUAUGCAGCAUUUUUUAUUAAAAUAAAAGUUUUGUCAGCGUUGUACACUUUUACAAACUUCAAUGCACGUUUAAACACAAUUCAAACAACGUAGGCCUGUAAUUCUAUGCAUUACUUUUAUAUAUAUUAAGUUUCUCAAGCAAGUGGUCAAAUAUUUAACCAUGUAUUUAUAUUAAA